CUCUCGCCUCUUUUUGCCUCUCGUCUUCUCUGAAACUAACGAAUCCAAUGGCUGGAGCAACACCGAACACCUACUCGCCGUCCCCAACAGCCCGGAAAAACAAAUCACUCAUCUUUCGAAACGAUGACAUCGAUUGGGUCCGAACAGACGGCCGUGAUUUCCACCAAUGCAGACCUGCAUUUUUCAAGACUGGUGCUGUAAAUGCUGCUGUAGGAUCUGCAUAUGCCGAAUUUGGAAAUACCAAGGUCAUUGUUUCAGUAUUUGGGCCGAGAGAGAGUAAGAAGGCAAUGUUGUACAGUGAUAUAGGCCGGUUAAAUUGUAAUGUUAGCUAUACAACUGUUGCCACUCCAGUUCGUGGACAGGGAUCAGAUCACAAAGAGUUUUCUUCAAUGCUUCACAAAGCUUUGGAGGGUGCAAUAAUGUUGGAAACUUUCCCCAAGACUACUGUGGACGUGUUUGCAUUGGUGUUGGAAUCUGGGGGCAGUGAUCUUCCUGUAGUAAUAUCAUGUGCUAGCCUUGCUUUAGCAGAUGCUGGGAUAAUGAUGUAUGACGUUGUUGCCUCAGUCUCUGUGUCUUGUCUCGGAAAGAACCUUGUUAUUGAUCCUGUUCUGGAGGAGGAAAGCUACCAAGAUGGAAGCUUGAUGCUUACUUGUAUGCCUGCACGCUUUGAGGUUACUCAGUUGACCAUAACAGGGGAAUGGUCAACCCCAAAAGUUAACGAGGGAAUGCAAAUAUGCCUAGAUGCAUGUGCAAAACUUGCAACGAUCAUGAGGGAAUGCUUGAAAGGAUCUGAUUCUGCUUUGGAAGAAUAGACUAAUCAUACAGAAGAAUGUUAGGUCCUAAUUACAAUACUUUUUCCGAUAUUUCAUUUUCUUUUUGUUUUUGUCUUAGACAUUUGGCCAAGUUUUGGGUGUAUAAUAUUUGGUCGCGUUCUUAAUACAGUUCUGGUUUAAUUGGGAAUCCAAUGGUAAUUUGAAGGCAUUUGCAAUAUUUCCUAAAUUUACGACGCAGCUUCAGUCAAGCAUUUGUAUCAAAAGC